AUGAUUGAGAAUUUAAUACCUCCGGAUGUUAUUACUUUUACUACACUGAUCCAUGGAUACAAAAUUAAAAAAGAUCCAUCAAUGAUAAAAUAUACUUUGAAAGAAAUGGAUGGUUUUGGAAUUGAUAUAGAUAAAUUUUUAUUUACAACUUUAAUCUAUUCAUAUCUUCAAAAUAAUGAUCUGACAAAUGCUUUUAAAAUUUAUCAGAAAAUUGUUGAACAAAAUAUUCAAUUAGAUAGACGUCUACUUGUCUCUUUUAUCUAUCUCAAAGCUGCUCUUUCAGAUUCUGAAGGUUCAAGAAAAAUAUUUGACAUAAUUAAAGCCAAAGGUAUCAUUCCAAAUACUAAAUCUUUUAAUGCUCUUUUAUAUGCUUAUUCUAGAGAUCCUAAAGUGACUGCAACUCAACUUGAGAAAGUUUUUAUGGAAAUGUUGUCAGAAAAUGUGGAACCAAAUCAAUUUACAUUUGAAAUUUUGAUUGAUGGUUGUUGCAAAAAAAAUGACCUAUUAAGUGCAAAAAAUGUUUUAAUUGAAAUGAAAAAAAGAAAUAUCCAUAUAUCUAAGUUUGCUUCUAAUUCUUUUAUACGUCAAUACAGCCUUAAUGGUCAAUCUGAGCUAGCCUGGAAAUUUUUUGAUAAAAUGGUUUUUUCUGGAAUAAAACCUGAUCUUUUUAUCUACACUUCAAUUAUCUCUUUAGCAACUUCAACAUCAAAUUUUAAAAAAGCUUAUGUUAUUAUUGAAAAUCUUAUUAAAAGUGGAUUGAAACUUGAUCUUCAUACUUAUACAGCUGUAAUGUCUUUACUGAUUAAAUCAAAGAGAGUAGAUCAAGCAAUUUCUAUUUUUAUUGAGAUGAUGAGACAAAAUAUUCUACCUGAUGUUGUUAUUUUGACUGUAUUGAUUCAAGGUCUUGGUAUUGCAAAAAGAUUUGAUCAUAUAAAAAAAGUUUAUGAUUUUAUGAAGAAAUUUAAUAUAAAGCCUGAUAGAUUUGUAUAUUAUUAUCUAGAGCCACUGUACAAAAAAUUUGGGUCACAAGAAGAAUUGGAAAGUUUAAAUCAAGAUAUGAUUAAAUAUAAUAUAGAUCCUGGUUCUAAAAAUAUAUUAUACACUAAAGGAAAAGGUCCGAGGUAUUGGAAAAUGAAAUUUUUAAUAAAUAGAAGGAUUGAUAGAAGAAAGUCUUUAUAUAAUGACUCUAUAACAGAAAAACAUCUUAAAUCACUUCGUAAACAGAGAAAGAACAAUCUUCAUAAAAUAGUGUAA